AUGACACAGACAGGAAUAGAUCACGGUCGUCGGAGAGCAGUCUUAUACCCGCUGCAGAUCACCCUCCUAUUGUUGCUUCCUGACGUUUUUGAGGUGGCAAGCAACUUGAGGGAAGCGAAGAGUAAUAACCUGAUCAAGAAGGUGUCCUUUUUGGAUAGCCUCAGAAAAGGCCUUCGGAAUGGGAAUGAACGAGCAGCGUACUGCCUAGUAAGCCUUCUUCGAGCAGCUAGACAUUUUGAGGCUGAGAGCGAUUCUGCCUUGGUCAGUUAUGCUAUGGAUGUGCAAGAUGAAAUCCGAGAAUCCGUGUUCAGCCUUUCCCAGUCCAACAUUGCAACACCACAGUUUGACCAGGAUAUGAUCACAGGAGCUUUUGUUAGUCUCGCUCAUCUUGGAUUAGACGGCAGCGUUGAAACACUUACGAAAGCAUGUAUUUCUCCACCUGCGCCGAACUCUUUCAAGAUCGCUGUCAUUCAAGCAUGUUCAUAUUUUGCGCGACUUGCGCGACGGUCCGAAACGGCCAAGUAUACAGCACUACAGACAAGUGUUCUUGUUCUUAUCCGAUCUGAAUUUGAGUCCGAAUAUAUGAACUUCUUUAAAGCAAGACAUGAGUUGUCACAAGAUGGCAGCCGUAAAAUUUUGGAAAUUCUUCGCUAUUUCUAUGCCUCCCCUGGCCCUCUGCUUCGGGAUUUGUCUGGUGAGACCGCAGGCAUGGCAUUUCUUAAGCCAUUUUUAUUUUGCGUCCUUUCUCGGGAUCAAUCCAUUCGUCAGCUAGCCACAAAGGUUGCGAAUAAGCUCUUCAUUAUGAACAAAGACUCGGUGGGCACCUCUCAACUUGAAUAUUGUGGCGCAACUGAAGAACUGGGACAAAACCUCUGGAUUCGAAGUUCGUCAAUCCUUCUUGAGCUAUGCGGAGAAAUUGAAAAGGACAUCAGCCUUUCCACCAUAACGCAACUUCGGGAGUUUUUAGGCGCAAGGUCGGCGCUUCUCAAAGGCAUGCCAAUUUUGUCCCAUAUUCCCAUGGAUGUGCCGGAUAUUCAUCUGGCGGCUUCGAAACUGGAAGCAACUUUGUUGAUAUCUAUUUGUUCUCCCAAUAUUGCCGUGUGUCAACUGGCUACUAUCUGUAUCGGCCUCUUGGUGGACGAAUGUACGCAUGUCGGUGAAUAUACUGACUCUGCAAAGCUGCUUUCUUCAACUUAUCGCAACCAACUCGUUUACCAGGAACUUUCUUCGCCAGCUUUCCAUUUUACCGGUCUUGUCGCCUUUCAGAAGAGAAUGCGGGGAUUUCUUAGACAAAUUCGACUGCCAACGCAAGGCAUCGUGGACGCUUGGGAAACUGCCUUCGGACAAUGGAUUCACCUGUCCAAGGAGGUUUCUCUGGCUACGGCAGACGGUGUAGACGAUAGAAUGCUAUCAGAGUGGCGAAAUCUAUCAGGUUUUUUGGCAUCAUUGGGUGGCAUAUGCACCUAUGGAUACGCCACCAAAUUGGAUGAGGCAAUUGGAGACUUGAACUGGAUUGAUCGGGUAUCCUCCGAACAUCAUGAAGAGCCUCUCUUGUCAAGGUUUCUAAGACUCAGCAUCCAACUUCUGGGUUGCAAUAACAUCAAAGUGCGUGAGGCAAUGCGAGAGGUCUUAUCCACCGAGGUUUCUUCGAUCUUGUACGCGCCGCUUUUUAAGGCUCUGGAGUCAGAACUGGAAGUUUUGCUAGCCGGGGUUCUCGCAUCCCCUGAUAAAGGCCAGGAGAAUGAGGUGAUAUUUGCCGAACAAGCUGCGUCUUUGCUCAAGAUCAUGGUUGAGAAGCUCGAAAGUCCAUCUGACUUGGGUUCUAUUUCAUCAGUCCACCUCGGAGUUCUUACAUUGAGUUUUGCGAAAUUCUUGGAUGGCGCAUUGGAUGGAGUGGCAACGCUACGUGUCAAAGUCAAGAUUUGUCAUUUGUGCGAAGCAGUCACAAAACGCAAGGAACACCUCAACUUGCGAGACGACAUUCGCAUUAGAAACCAGCUGCUAGAAUAUAUAUUUGGUUGGAUAGCUCGGCCGCAUGCUUUGAAACAAGAACAAUUGGGCAAUGGCCCUAGACAGGAUGAAUUUCGGCGUGUACAAAAGGACCUCGACAAGGCUUGCCUCAGGACACUUGGUGAUCUCACAUUUCGCCUCCCGCUGCAGCCAGCUGAUAGCCAAUCGGAUGCUGGGAUGAGUGAACUCAAGUCACAAAUGUUUCAUACAUAUUUCAACCGCUUCUUGUCGCUUCUCAACUACGAGACGCAGGAAAUGAGCAGACAAGAACUGCCCCUGAUGGGCAAUCGCGAGGAAGGCCUCUCGAAUGCCGAUAUGGUUAUCACUAUCCUUUCCAACUUGCUCAGUGCGAACAUUGAUGUUGGCUUGAAGCACUCUCUAAAUAUCGGCUAUCAUGAAAACGUUGAUAUACGCGCUGCAUUUGUCCGUGUGCUAUGUAACAUUCUUACGCAAGGAACAGAAUUCAGCUCGUUGACUGAUGCAGCUGUCAGUGAUAAAUAUGUUGAACUUUUAAAUUUACUGACAACCGAUCUAUCGCUUUCGGUAUCAAUGAGUGCUAUUUGCCCAGCUUCGGAAGUUGACGAGCUCACGAUAUGCCUCCUUACCGUCUUUGAACAACGCGGGCUCACUUUCGAAUUGUUCGAGGCUCUGAUUCGCCAAGAAGUAGAGCAAACAGAGAACGAACCCGAAAUUUUGCGGAGAACUUGCGUCGCUACAAAGAUGCUGUCUGUAUAUGCAAAAUGGAAAGGAGCAUCAUAUUUAAGGACGACGCUGCAAAAAGUUCUCGAGAGGCUCAUGCUGACAUCGAACGACCUAGACUUAGAACUAGACCCAGCCAGGGUGAGCACUCCCGGCGAAUUGCAAAAGAAUGCUGCGCAACUUCAGAUCGUGGCUAAGGUGUUUAUGGACGACAUAUGCGCUUCAACAUCAAAUGUUCCGAGCUCAUUUCGAAGGAUAUGCAGCAUCAUAUCUGAUGCUGUUCUUCCUCGCUUUCCCAAUGCAAAGUAUACUGCCGUGGGAGCUUUUGUAUUCCUCCGCUUUUUCUGUCCUGCCAUUGUAGCACCCGAAGCUGAAGGCCUCGUGUCAGUGGCACCGACCAAGGAAAUGAGACGGGGACUGUUACUCAUCGCAAAAAUCAUCCAAAACCUGGCCAAUAACGUUCUUUUUGGAACAAAAGAGCCUUACAUGUUUCCCUUGAACCCCUUCCUUGUCCAGAACAUACAUUUGGUCACUGGAUUCCUGCGGGACAUCUCCGUGUCCACGAGGCAGGCUGAUGUCGCUCCCCCGGCGAUUGACAUGUUUGACUUCGGCUCAUGCGUAUCACUGCACCGAUUUCUGUAUGAUCACUGGGAUCAUUUGCGUCAGACACUUGUUUCAAGAGAAAGGAAAGAACAUCUGCGAACCCCGGUGGAGAUUGCCCGGACACCACCGUCAGUCUUUGAACCACUUCGGGAUCUCAUCAGCAAUCUCGGGCCGCCGCCCCUUGCAAUCUCUUGGAAUAGGCCUCAGAUAUCCUGCAAUACGCCGCCUUUGUACUCAAGAUUUCAAAACUUCAUGUUACGAAAUGCUUUUAGAAGUGCGGAGUCUUUUUUGACCUCUCGGGCGGUGUAUGACGGCGGUGAAAGCAAGGACGGUCUUUCUAUAGUGUGCGUUAUAUUACGGCAUAUCGAAAACGAAAGCAUCGAUUAUGAUACACUUUUAUAUUGUUAUCUAAAAGUAACCAGCCGACUCUGGCACGAGCCAUUCGGGCUGUUCAUUGAUGCAACGUGUUAUAAUGGACGAAGCGAGCCUUCCGAUGAGUUUUUUUCCAAGCUAGAUCUCCUAACACCUUCUGAGCUGUCUCGAAACCUUUCCCGAAUAUACAUAUACAACAUGAAUAGCGCUUUCAAGAGGUGUUUCCGGCGACUCCUUCGCAACUCUACUCGCGACGAUUCGAGUGUCUUUCAUCCGGAUAAUGUAGAAUACUACUUGAUCGGAAGUUUACAGGAUCUGCAGGUCCAUUUCCAUUUGAGUCAACUCCAUCUUCCCAAAGAAACUAUAAGCGUGGUCACAGAAACCCGAUACAUGUUUCAGACCAUCACAAGAUUAUCAAAGUCCAAAGGGAAAGUUGAGGUCGUGAUCAAAGUUGGCAGCCAAUUUCUUCAAAUAACUACCGUUAAGAAGCAAGAAGUACUAUCUGGUCUUCGCCUUAGCAGUGUCAUCAAUGAUAUUUUCCGCCUUAGUGACAUAGAAGAAGCCUCAACCCCACAAGCAGAGGACGAUUCUAACUUUGGACUGAGAGCUGAUGGGGGUAAGAUUGUCAUGUUCUUUACCAGCUCCAAGAGAGCGGACAUUCUUCAGACUAUUCGUGGAGCCAAGACAAUACACGGCAAGGACAGCAGAAUGGUAAAACCCGUUGAAAGGCUCGUCCGACCACAAGAUGUCCCAGGGACCAUGCUCAAUUUGGCACUUACCAACCUGUCAAGCCCAUAUCAUGUCCUUCGGUUAGCCUCUUAUAACCUCCUUGGGGCAUUGUGCCGAUCUUUCGACUUCGGUGUUUCCGGGCGACUGGUUUGCAAUCGAGAUUUGGCUGUUCCUCUUGAGCCGACACGAUUUAUCGUAGAUAUUAGUCGAGAAUUAGCUCAAGCCGAACCCCAACUCACAUCGGACUUCCUGACCGAGUUUUUUGUAAGCUGGGAUAGUAUUCCUGACGAACAAAAACCCCUUAGCUUGGAAUAUGUGGCGCCUUGGCUUCCCGGCCUUCGCACAGCAGUUCUAGUUGUUGAGGUAGACGGGGACAAAGGACGAGACAAAGUUGCAUCCCUUCUACGAAAGCUGAUAGACAUAUCUGUGUUGGACCAAAACUUGACAUAUUGUCUGGAAAAAUACAUCUGGCCAUGUAUUGCACAAGAUGAGCUGCUCCUUGAAAUUUUUACGGAUGAGCUUAUCAAGGCCGCGCUUAGUUACGGAAACGGGGCAGACACUUUAGAAAUACUGUCUUCGGUCAUGGUUGGACUUGGCACUGUUACCUUGCGGGCUAGAAUCAUUUCUCGCCUCCGCAAGGCUCUUAACAGGUCAUCGCUACGCCCGACUCGCUUACUCCAGGACAGUUCUGUCUGGGAAGAAAUCUGCAUCCUGCUUCAAUUUUGCUUAGGCUUGUCUUUUGACAGUCGAGUGCAAUCCCAAAUGUUUCUUCCAGAAAUUUUCCACGUCGUCACAAUGUUGGCUAACACCGGGGGAAGCGAGGUACGAUUGCUUGUUUACAAAUUGCUGAUUAACUCAAUUCAUGCAAUAUGCGCUUCAUUCAGUAUAGAUGACGCAAAACUGGUCCGGCUGCGAUCAAUUUUGGACGUCUUUGGCGACACCAGAGGAGACAUUUUCACUGCUCCAACGUCGUUGGCAAGGGACGGGGCCUCAGUAUCGACGUCUUUUGACUCAGGCCCAGCUCUGGCCUCAACGGAGAAUCUUACGUCUGUAUUGUUUGAGGUCUGCUUGAUAGCCGCUCCGUCAAUGGAUAUUGCCAACGCCUGGCGUGCUCGAUGGAUGAGUCUCGUGGCUAGUACAGCAUUCCAAAACAACCCUGCAGUUCAGCCAAGGGCAUUUGCAGUAAUGGGAUAUCUGGCAAGGGAAGAAGUGGACGAUGAUCUACUAUACCAAGUCCUGGUAGCCCUCCGAAAUAGCGUUAGCCAGUUUGGUGAGGAUGGAAAUAGUGAAAUGCUAGUUUCCAUUAUUACAUCCUUGUCCAAGAUGAUGGCCAAAUUACCAUCCUCCUCGAGAUAUGGCCUUCAAUUGUUCUGGUUGGCUAUGUCACUUGUGCGUCUUGUACCAGCUGCCAUUUUCAACUGCGCAGCGCAAUUUCUGGGUGCCAUUUUGACGAACAUUGGCACAAUUGGCAAUGUGAGAGGAGAUAGAAUGGUCCCUCUCCUCCUUCAAUGUCGAGGCCAGUUAGAAGAUGCCGCUUUGCCAUUGGAUGAUGCCUACGGGAUUCGUUUUGAAGAAGAUACCUUCCACUUUGCGGUUUGUGCCUGUCUCGUCCGAGGUCUCACAGACACAGCAACCAGACCAACCGCAAUUCAGGUUCUGUCUUCAUUCUUAGAGAUGACAUCUCGAUCUGAGGAUCCCGCCCCAGGCAGUCCGAAUCAUGCCAUUCAUGGGUCCCCCUACCUGGCUCUCCUGCUAGCCCGUGGCAUGCAGGAAGAUUUCAUGGACAGCUUGUGGUGGUCCGACCUGAAGCCGGAAGCCAUUUCUGAUAUUCUGGACAGCCGUGGCGUGCAGGGCGUCGACAACAUGAAAGAUAAGGACCUCCUUUUAAUUUCAGCCAUGGAGCUUGUCGAUUUCCAUUCCCUGGAGGAUGCUGCACAAGCACGCAGCCUUCACUGGCUCAACUCCCUCGCCGAAGCCAGACCAUUCGUCUUCACGAGCCUAUGUGGGGCCUUACCAUCCGUUUUGGACGAUGUGCUGCUGCACAGCCAGGAAUCGGCGGCCUUAGAAGCUGCUCAUGUACUACUUCGAACGCUUGCGUCCGAUCAGAAAUAUGCCCAAGCAAUGGGCUCCAUGCAGUCAUUAAAUAGCCAGCUUACUGAAAUGGGAUUUGGCGGGUUGUGGAAAAUACCCAAACAGAGUACGGUAGAGGACGCAAAGGGGGAAUGUUUUGAGCUUACGGAAAAGCUGAUCGAGCUCAUUGUUAUGUGA